ACGCAAAGUCCAACAUGACCUAUAAAAGAGUGGGUGUCAAUCAAAACAAAGUUCCGUAAGCUUGAAAAGUUUAUUUAUAGGGCCAAGGAGGAUUAAUUGAUCCGUGAUAGUAUAGCCAUCAUGGAAUUUAUUGCCCGAGACCUUAUAACUUACGCGUUCUUUGCUUUUGCCGUAGCAAUUGGUUGUUUUUAUACUCGUAUAUCUUUUCACUACGUCCGUCAACGGUCAAAUAAGUAUGGGAAGGAGAGGUUACCGCCAGAAGCCGGCGGAGGGAGGCCUGUUUUCGGCCACCUUCACCUCUUCAAAGGCUCCGUCCCUGCACACGUGGCCCUCGGAGAAUUGGCCGACAAGUACGGACCGGCGUUCACUAUCCGGAUCGGCUUUAAGAGAGUGUUGGUCGUCAGCAGCCGGAAAUGGGCCCAAGAAAUUUUCACUUCCCACGACGUCAGUGUUUCGGAGCGUCCGAGGUUUCGCGCCGCCAAACACUUGGGCUACAACUACAAGAUGUUUGGCUUCUCACCGUACGGUCCUUACUGGCGAGAUAUUCGGAAGCUCACCACCACGCAGCUUCUCUCCCACCGGCGGCUCGAGCAGCUGAAGCACGUCAGAGCCUCCGAGGUCGAUACCUCCGUCAAGGAGCUUUAUGAUCUUUGGAGGGAAAAGAACCCAGCCGCAGGCGGCGGAGAUGGCGGCCCUGUUUUGGUGGAAAUGAAGAGGUGGUUCGGAGACGUAUCGAUGAACGUGUUCCUUCGGAUGAUCGCUGGGAAGCGGUGCUUUGGCUGGGCGGCGGAGAGGAGUGAUGAUGAUGACGGCCGCCGGUGCCAAAGGGUUUUGAGAGAGUUUCUUCACUAUCUUGGGGUCGCUGUUCCGGCGGAUGCCCUGCCGAUCUUGGGAUGGUUAGAUCUAGGGGGAUAUGAGAAAGCCAUGAAAGGAGUUGCCAAAGAAAUGGACUCGCUCGUUGACCAAUGGUUACAGGAACAUCGCCGCCGGCUCAAAGAAGAAGCAACUGGCAGCAGCGGCGGCGAGAAAGAUUUAAUGGAUGUCAUGCUUUGUAGUGGUUACGAUUCUGACGCUACAGCCAUCAAAUCAACUUGCAUGGCAUUGCUUUCGGGAGGAGCGGAUACGACCAUGGUCAUGCUUACAUGGGCUAUGUCGUUAAUAAUGAACAACCCUCACGUGUUAAAAACAGCACAGGAAGAGCUAGACAAGGUUGUUGGCAAGGAAAGAAGGGUUUACGAAUCAGACAUGAAUAAUUUGGUAUAUCUCCAAGCCAUAGUCAAAGAAACUUUAAGAUUGUACCCUGGUGGGCCCCUAGGAGGGCCAAGGUUGUUCAGAGAGGAUUGUUCCAUACAAGGUUUUCAUGUCCCAAAAGGCACUUGGCUUUAUAUAAAUGUUUGGAAGCUCCAACGGGACCCACAUGUUUGGUUUGAUCCUGAUGAGUUCAAACCAGAGAGGUUUGUUCUCAACAAUAAUAGUCACAAGUGGAACAAUGAUUUCGAGUUGUUCGCGUUUGGUGCAGGUAGAAAAGUGUGCCCAGGCAUUACAGUUGGUCUGUUGAUGUUGCAUUUGGUGUUGGCUAAUCUGUUGCAUUUGUUUGAUCUCUCAACAGAUGCUCCAAUUGACAUGAGUGAGAGUUUUGGACUAACAAACCUUAAAGCUACUCCCCUUGAGAUUUUCAUUUCUCCACGCCUCUCUUCUUCUUUGUAUUAGUCAUUAGCAUGACACUAUCCCCGCUAGUAUCCAUAACUAAACCUGAAUAAAAAUAUUUCUUUUUUAUUUGAAUAAUCAUGAAUAAUGCUAUUGUCACGCCCCAGACCGCAUCUGAACGCAUGUAUGAUCAAGUGACGUCACUCGCAAGUCACUCUCACUUAAUCAUACAAGGCGUUCAUGAACAUAGUUCAUACCAUACUCAGUAAGUAAACAUACAUGUCAACAUCACAUUUAAGCAAAUGAAAAGUGGAAAUGUUCAACGAUAAGUCAUGGGCCACAUGCGGCCAAAACAUACGCUCGCAGCCCCAAAAUACUUUAUAAUAAUUCAAAUAUCCAUGAGCAAGUGGUUAUAGUUUCAAAAGUAAUAAGGAAGCACGAACCAUGUAUGUGGGAGGUCAUCCCAAUAUGUUCCGAAGUGUCCACUCGACCCCAAAAGUUUUAUGUCUCGCGACAGCGGGUAAUGCUGUAUUCAUCAGAUAAGACAAUUUGCAUGUGGAAGAAAGAAGGGUUGGUCCACACUUGCCUAUCUAUCUUGACGGGCCAUAGAAGGCCCGUCAAGUGUUUAGUGGUGACGGAGGAUAAGGAAUCGAGCUAGAGUGAUCAAAGGUGGAUUGUAAUUUACGGUGGGAGCCUUGACAAGCCAGUAAAAGUGUGGAGUGUCUCGGAAAUGUCAUUGUAUAUGCCGCUACACCCCAAUGCAGACUCCGCUUGGGAUUCCAUUCCAUCCAUCUGCCAUGUAUGGAUCCAUUUGAUUAUAUUUAUCAUCACAUUUGAGUGAACAACUAAAUAGAUGGAUGACUUGUUAGACGAGUAAACUUGACCCUUCCAUAGAGUGAGUGAUAGAGUAUAUAGACUCGGACCCCCGGGUCUCACGACUAUUGGGCCUGGACAGCGGCCCACGUACACUCAGUUGAUAGCAUUUUCAUUAUUGUACAUUAUUAUUAUUCAGGUGUUCUAGAUUAGACUUUUAUAUUAUCAGUCCAUUUAUGUAACCGGGUCUGUCAGGACCAUAUUAGAGGCCAGACCCGGAUUUCUUCUAUAUAUACUCCUUUUGGAGCUUGUAAACCCUAACUCUAAUUCACAUUACUACUCAUUCAUCUUCUUCCUCACAUUAGCUCAAAUCUCUCCAUUUUGUUAUAGUUUGGAUACCCCUAUAAUCCAUCAG